AUGAUCUUGCCCGAUGGUAAUCCACAAGCAAAUUGGGAUACUUUUUGUGGACAGGAAGUCAGUUACGAGAAAACGCAUUCCGUAUCCAAACCUGAGUUAGAACUGGAACCUCUGUUGAAACCAAACCCGCAUCGAUUUGUUCUAUUCCCCAUCCAAUACCACGAUGUUUGGCAGUUUUAUAAGAAAGCAGUCGCAUCGUUUUGGACCGUUGAAGAGGUUGAUCUCUCCAAGGAUUUUGGUCAUUGGGAUAGUCUCAAGGUCGGCGAGCGUCACUUCAUCUCAUAUGUGUUAGCAUUCUUUGCUGCAAGCGAUGGAAUAGUGCUAGAGAAUCUGGUCGAGCGUUUCAGUCAGGAAGUUCAAGUUCCGGAGGUUCGGUGUUUUUACGGGAUGCAGAUCGCGAUUGAGAACAUACAUUCAGAAAUGUAUUCACUUCUGAUUGACACGUAUAUCAAAGAUCCAACAGAACGCGAUUUCCUGUUCAACGCCAUCAGCAACCUAGAAUGUGUCGCGCAGAAGGCGCAAUGGGCGCUUAACUGGAUUGGCGAUACUCACUCUACGUUUGCGGAGCGUUUAGUUGCCUUUGCUGCAGUCGAGGGCAUUUUCUUCUCUGGCAGCUUCGCCGCAAUAUUUUGGCUGAAAAAACGCGGCUUGAUGCCUGGGUUAACCUUCAGUAAUGAACUGAUCAGUAGAGAUGAAGGUCUGCACUGCGACUUCGCCUGCAUGUUAUACAAAUACAUUGUUCAAAAGCCUGCAAAGGAUCGUGUGCUUGCCAUCAUUAAGGAGGCAGUAGAAAUCGAACAAAAUUUCCUGUCGGAUGCUUUGCCGGUGAGUUUGAUUGGUAUGAACUGCAAGUUGAUGUGUCGCUACAUUGAAUUCAUUGCGGACCGGCUUUUGGUUGAACUGGGACAUGAAAAGCAUUAUGGCUCUGACAACCCGUUCGACUUCAUGGAAAACAUCUCGCUCGAAGGCAAGACCAACUUCUUUGAAAAGCGGGUAGGCGAUUAUCAGCGCGCAGGAGUUAUGUCAAGGGCUCGCGGAGAAGAGACUCACAAGUUUACUACCGAUGCAGAUUUUUAA